CUGCGGUGCGCACGGCGCCUCGCCCCGCCUCACGGGCGCCCUAGCCUCGCGCCGGCCUCCAGCUCCCGGCUCCCGGGGCUGAGGUGGAGCGGGUGGACGCCGGCCGGGCUGUGGCGCAGCAGUGUCCUUUCUGCGCGCGCGCCUGAAGUCGGCUUGGUCGUUUGACGAAGCUGGGAUACAGCAUUUAAUGAAACAUUUAUGCUUAAGAAGUAAAAAUGGCAGGCUUCCUAGAUAAUUUUCGUUGGCCAGAAUGUGAGUGUAUUGACUGGAGCGAGAGAAGAAAUGCUGUGGCGUCUGUUGUCGCAGGUAUAUUGUUUUUUACAGGCUGGUGGAUAAUGAUUGAUGCAGCUGUGGUGUAUCCUAAGCCAGAACAGUUGAACCAUGCCUUUCACACAUGUGGUGUAUUUUCCACAUUGGCUUUCUUCAUGAUAAAUGCUGUCUCCAAUGCUCAGGUGAGAGGUGAUAGCUAUGAAAGCGGCUGUUUAGGAAGAACAGGUGCUCGAGUUUGGCUUUUCAUUGGUUUCAUGUUGAUGUUUGGGUCACUUAUUGCUUCCAUGUGGAUUCUUUUUGGUGCAUAUGUUACCCAAAAUACUGAUGUUUAUCCGGGUCUAGCUGUGUUUUUUCAAAAUGCACUUAUAUUUUUUAGCACUCUGAUCUACAAAUUUGGAAGAACUGAAGAGCUAUGGACCUGAGAUCACUUCUUACUUAAGUCACAUUUUCCUUUUGUUAUAUUCUGUUUGUAGAUAAGUUUUUUUUAUCUCUCAGUACACAUUGCCAAACGGAGUAGAUUGUACAUUAAAUGUUUUGUUUCUUUACAUUUUUAUGUUCCGAGUUUUGAAAUAGUUUUAUGAAACGUCUUUAUUUUUCAUUGCGUAGACUGUUAAUACUAAUAUGUAUAUAAUACAAGACUAUAUGAAUUGGAUAAUGAGUAUCAAUUUUUUAUUCCUGAGAUUUAGAACUUGAUCUGUUCCCUGAGCCAGGGUUAUAUCAUCAUGUCAUUUUAGAAGUAACCACUCUCUCUCUGGCUGGGCACGGUGGCUUAUGCCUGUAAUCCCAGAACAUUGGGAGGCCGAGGCAGGCGGAUUGCUUGAGGUCAGGAGUUUGAGACCAGCCUGGCCAACAUGGUGAAACCCCAUCUACUAAAAAUACAAAAAUUAGUCAGGUGUGGUGGUGGGUGCCUGUAAUCCCAGCUACCCGGGAGGCUGAGGCAGGAGAAUCGCUUAAACCAAGGGGACGGAGGUUGCAGUGAGCUGAGUUUGCGCCACUGCACUCUAGCCUGGGGGACAAAGUGAAACUCCGUCUCAAAA